AAGGAAGAAGGUUUUCAGACAGAUGCAGAGCUGUCACACUGGUAGAGUCUUGUGAACAUGGUGGUCUGACCCUUCUGCUGCUGCCACAAUGACCCGCCUGGACGAGGAACUUCAGCACAAAAUUUGAUGCCCUCACUGGUCGUGAACUACAAGCUCUAUGGACUGGAGUCUCCCCCAGGGAGAUGGGGAACGUGAUGAGAGGUGUGAGCGCAAGCAACAAGGUGAACGAUGAACGCCGUGACAGCUCGCCCAAAGGUUCUGAUGAUGACAUAGCGGUUGUGCUUGAGGACUACCCCUCUGCUGAAAUCAGCCAGCCCAUCUACAGAAAAGGAGACAAACUCCGAGUCAUUGCACAGGAGGCUUACUGGUGGAGGGUUCGUUCUGCUGAGACUGGGAAGGAGAACUACGUACCCAGCAGCCAUGUGGCCCGGGUUUACCACGGGUGGCUGUUUGAGGGUGUGGGCAGACAGACGGCUGAAGAGCUGCUGUUUCUACCUGGGAACAAAGUGGGCUCAUUCCUGGUGCGGGAAAGCUCCAGUGAGAGAGGUCUGUAUUCGCUCUCAGUGAGGCACAGGAUAGUGAAGCACUAUCGUAUCCACAGACUGGACAACAGCUGGUACUACAUCUCCCCACGGCUCACGUUCCAGUGCCUCGAAGACCUGGUCAACCAUUACUGUGACUCUGCAGAAGGACUAUGUUGCACGUUGACGACUCCUUGUCUGUCGGCAAAAAUGGAGGCAACUAGCAUGACUCCAGACGCUCAGCCUGUUGUUAUGAGAUGCAGCUUUGACUGGAAGAAAGUCGACAGGAAACAGCUGGUCAGCACAGACGGCCACGGCGACGACGUGGUGAGCUACGGCGUCAGGAACAGCAUUGCUGCCUAUUUGUCCUUUUCUGGCCACGAAGAGCCCACACAGCUGCGAUCAGAGCGCAGGAAGAAGAAAAGCAAAUCUGUGUAUGCAGUCCCAGAAAACGGCAACGCCAACACUGAAUAUGAUGAAGACUUCUAGAGGAAGAUGAAAGCGUCCACAUGGAGGGGGUCAGACCCUGAAAUCUACUACACAUAGAGACUAUGCAACGCACUGGGACGUGGAAGAAUAAACAGCAUCAUUAUAUAAUAAAGGCCUGUUGGAUGAAAUGGUAAAAACAGAUCAAACUAUUAUCUGGUUAAGCUGUUUGGCUGAAUUGUUUGCAUUUUCAGCUCAGUAAGUUGAAAAAUGAGUGAAGUAAACAGCUUGUUUGUUUGUUUGUGGUGUUUUUGGCUAAAUUACAUGUAAAAAACACACCGCUGUGAUAUGAUGACAUAGUUCGUGUUUCGAGCUUCUCUGAAAAGCAGUGGAAAUUUGACACGGACGUCCCAGUUGUUAGUUUUUAUUUUUUUUUGUUUUAAUCUAAAGUUAACCAACCUGUGUGCGUUACACCUUUAUAAUCUGUCUUUUUCUGUUUCUGAUGAAUGACUACCAAUGUAAAAAGUAAGUUAUGUGUUCAGCAUGUCGAUGUGCCGUGCUUUUAUGUGUUUAAUGAACCACAAAUAGCCAAGAUAAGUUCAGCUUUUAUAACUCGCUGGUUCGCUGCAGAAGCAACCCCCUACGCUGGGUCUGCAGAUGAAACCAGGUUAUAGAUUGCAAAAAUGACAAGCAAAUGUUAAAACUGUGCAACAAUUGUAAAGUAACUGCAUGUUAAAACUGGUUCAACAAAAAACUAAUUUCUCUGCAAAAAGCAUUAAAACAGCAUGUUUUUAUGUGAUACUGUGACCCUAUAUAAAAUGGCUUAAGACCAGAGGCGGUUUUACCGUUAGGCGUAGGUCGGCGGCCGCCUGGGGCCCCCUUGUGUUGGGGGGCCCCCUAGCCCUGACCGCCGGCACCCCUCUGUUAAUGCCACAAUAUUCUUAUUACCAACCUGUGGCCGCAGACGGGAUUGGACGUGAUUCUCGUUACCAUAAUUCCUGAACCGUUCAAGAUAUCAUUAAAAUUCCAAAAGUGCUGAAAAGAUGAAAAAUGGGGCUUUUCGUGCAUUUACAAUACAUUACGGUAGCCACCGGAGAAGGACAGAUCCCCGGUGAACCAGGGUAUGAAUGUUUGUUCAGUCUUUAUUUUUUUAUUUGAACAACCCUCAACUAUUUGCUAAUUGUAAGAUUCAGCUUCAUUCCAGCAUUAUUUAUCUUUUUACCAUAAAUAAUUAUUUUUGCUAAAACAAGAGUUUUUGGUAUAGCAGUGCACGGUGUGCAAGAGAAGCACCCCAUGGCAGUGUGAGGUGUGCAGGACUCUGCCUGCAGCUGGAGAGAAACUGCUUCAAGGUCUACCACAUCAAAUAAAAACGUCUGAAAGUUUACAAAAAUAAAGUCUUAAAAACUGCUAAAAUAAAUUAUACCAAGGUUCACACUUUUUAAAGAAUAGAUGCGUUUCAGUUCAAAGUUUAAAUUGUUCGCCCAGUAAUUUUGAAGUUCCUGUUCAGUAAUAAAUGUAAAAAAUUCAUAUCCGUUUUUUGCUUUUUUCACUUUUAAGCUGAUUUUUUAACGGCUUUAAUAGAAAUAAAUUCUAAAUACAAACCAUACACUAAAAGAUGAGGUUGUUCUGAAAAAAGGAGAAGAGUUACACACACUUUGUACUUUUUAUUACAAUUUUACAGCCAUAAGAAAAAUACCAGGUGGCCCUGUUAUAAUUAUGGUCAUAAAAGGGUUAUUAAGACGGCAAUGCACAAACAGGAAGUGAUUGGUAGUCAUUCCACUCCAAUCCACUUGGUGGCAGUAAUGCACCAAAUGGUUUGUUGCCAAGUGGCAUACGACCACAAAUAAGAAGAAGAGAGGCAGGAGCGUUCGUAACAAACUCAAAGCGAUAGUCAAAACAUGAAGCAUGAAAUGGAGUUAUCCUAGUGGCUCCAAUAAGAGAAAGAAGCAGCAUGCUUCAUAAAAGCUUUUAUCUUCUCUUCUGAAAGUGACGUCGUUUUUCGAUGUAAACAUCUGUCAUGGGUGAUUCUGCAGGUUGAGUGCUUUGCAGUCUUGUUUCUAGUUUUAUUGUAUUUCUGGUACUUCCUGUUUUAUUUUUGUGCAUUCACUUCCUGUCUCAUUACAGGCAGCUUCACGACAUGAGGCUCCUCACUAAUCUGCCUCAUGUCUUGCACCUGGGUCCUGGCUUCUCCAUUUAAGCAUUUGCAACAGUUUCCUUUGCCAGUUUGUCUUCUCCUGUUGUGUGAUGUGAACCUGCUCUCAGAAACACUGGGUAAAAGUGUAUUCAGUUAGAUUUGAACUUUUCAGUUGUGUUGUACUCCAGGAAUCCCUUCUGCUGAUUAAAACUGUGUGAGCUCUUCA